AUGUCUGUGGUGUUCCCAAGAACGUGUUACAAGUGUGGUCAGGUCGGUCAUUUUGCUGACGCCUGUGAAGAAACCGAGCGGUUGUGCUACAACUGCAAGCAACCAGGUCAUGAGUCCGGAGAUUGUCCGGAGCCUAAGCAGACCACCCAGAAGCAGUGCUAUAACUGCAAGCAGACCGGACACGUUCAGAGCGAGUGUUCAGAACCUAUCAGACCGGUCUCCAAGUGCUACAACUGUGGCAAGAUCGGUCACUUGGCUAAAACCUGUAAUUCUGUCAGGGGCGGCCCAAAGGUCACGUGCCACAAGUGCGGAGGACUCAACCAUUUUGCCAGAGACUGUCAGUCUGGCGUUGUCAAGUGUUACGCUUGCGGAAAGACCGGUCACAUUUCCAAGGACUGUUCUUCUGCCAGCGGUGGAUCCAACUUUAACGCAAAGACUUGCUACAAGUGCGGAGAAGCUGGCCACAUCUCCAAGUUCUGUGACUUGGAUUCCGAGUAA